UAGAAGGAAGAAUAUUUGAUAGGAAUAAUUCAAGAAGAAAGUUGUCAUUUGUCUUUUUUAUUAUUUUAAUUAUUUUAAUUUUGUAAUUUAAAUUUUUGUUUGGAAAAAAGGGGUGAUCUUGGAGGGUGUCUUUCGAUGUGGGAGUGAGAUUUGGCGCCUCAGUUGCUAAAGCAAUAUCCUUGUGUUUGUUGAAAGCCUACAAAAAUAACGUGGAUUCAUAUACUCUUCUCAUAAAUUACGUAAUUUCAGAACCCAUUUUUUCUUUGCUUUUCAAUUCUCACCUAAAAAAAGGGAAAAAGGGGUUCAAAUUUUCCCUAUUCCUUUCUCUUAUUUCACCUAUAUUUCUACUGCUUCAACAGUAGAAUCUUCAAUCCUUCAAAUCUGAGUCUCCCCAGGGUGUGAGAGAAAAUUGAGCAAAUGGAUGAAUAGAUGAUGCUCAGGAAUGUUAGUCAAAGACUUUUGUUGUUCUAUUGAUUCAAGUUUGUGGAGUUUGAAAUUUGAAUGAACCUUUCGAUAUGUCGGAUUGCCAUUCAAAUGAUGUAAAGGCCAAUACCGGUGCCAAUCAGAACAAUGACGGUGACCUUGAGAAGCAGAGGGUUGCUCAGCCAUCAUCAUCGGCGUUAGAGCUCUCUACAAGAGAUGGUGAUGAUAAUACACUAUUAACAAUUGUUGUUUCCACAGGGGAAUCUAAACCAAUUUCUGAGGUUCCUGGUGUUGGGACUCUUUGCUCUCAAGAGGGAUUAUUGCCUUGUGAAGUUUCCCCAAAAAAGGAGCUAUUGUCCACCACUUCUAGCUCUGAUGAGCAGUGCAGAAUUUGUCAGCAAGAGAAGGAGGAAGUCUUGAUAGAACUUGGAUGUAAUUGUCGAGGCGGUCUCGCAAAAGCUCAUCGGACUUGCAUAGAUACUUGGUUUCGUACUAAAGGAUCAAACAGAUGUGAGAUAUGCCAGGUUGUAGCGGCAAAUGUAUCACCUCCACAAUCACAUCAUGGUACCAACUACUGGAUUUGGAGGAUUGAUCCAACCUACAGAACUCAAGAUCCCCAAAGGCACUGCUUCAGUCCACUUUGGCUGGCUUUUGCCAUCCUCAUAGGGGGUCUGCUACUGGAUAUUCUUAUAUCCAUCACCCUCGGUGUUUCCGCAUUGCCCGUAAAUAUCAUCAUCGAACAGGAGUCAUUGUGGUGCUUGGACUUGGAACUGUGUUUCGACUUGCGUUGGAGUUCUUUCAGGAGUGGAAUUCAACAAGAGGAUCACAAAGGGUGGAAUCAAAUGUCACUAUUGGGUACUUUCCAGCUAUAUAGUCUUUGACUGUUUAUUUACAAAAGGGAAAAAAAAAAAAAACGUUAUAUAAAUAAAGUGAAAAUAUAUGUUUAUUCUUGUCUUUUCCUUCAUGUAUUAGCCUCUUGAUCAAACAUAUUAGAUAUUGUGUAAAUUUGACAAUAAAUCAGUAAAUAUGUUUAGUGAGAUUGCAAGUAAUAAACAAUAA